UGGAGCGUGCUUAUACUUAUCCGACUCUACUAUAUAUAACUCGACCACAUUCCCCAUUAGGUGAAACCAUCUAUCAACAAAUUAAUUCCAAAUCCCACACACGUUUGUUGCACUUUGACACUAGCAUAUAUGAGAGUUAUGGAUACUAAGGUUAAGAAAGGUGGGUCUGCAACUGCAACACAGGGACAGGUGCAGCAGAAUGAAAACGAGAUGGGCAUGAGAAAAGGUCCAUGGACGGUUGAUGAGGAUACCAUUCUCGUCAAUUACAUCGCCACAAACGGUGAAGGUCACUGGAAUUCCGUCGCACGUUCUGCAGGUUUGAGGAGAAGUGGGAAAAGUUGCAGAUUAAGAUGGUUAAACUACUUGCGUCCAGAUGUGCGACGUGGAAAUAUCACACUCCAAGAACAAAUAUUGAUUCUUGAACUUCAUUCUCGGUGGGGCAAUAGGUGGUCGAAGAUUGCUCAGCACAUGCCAGGAAGAACAGACAAUGAAAUAAAAAAUUAUUGGAGGACCAGAGUCAUGAAACAGGCGAAGCAACUCAACUGCGAUGUCAACAGCAAACAGUUUAGGGACGCGUUGCGUUACGUGUGGAUGCCCCGUUUGCUUGAGCGGGUUCAGCCCGCAUCCCAAGUGGGCCCAGACCCAAGUGGAGUUCGGGUCUUUUUUUACAAAAACGGGUUACAAAGUUUAGAGUCAGGAGCAGAAGGGGAAAAACCGAACCGCUACUGCAGCUCAAGUGGUGCAUCCUCGGACUCAUCGUCCGUGGAGUUGCAAGUUCCUUCAAAUUCGGACCAUAGCGAUUCUUCGGAACUGUUGGGUCAUGAUGUCUCGGUUCAUAGACUUGAAAAGGGUUCGGAUAUAUGGCCAAGUAUGAAUAAUCAAAUGUUUGAACAGGGUAAUGGUGGUGGUGGUGGUGACUCAUUGGAGAGUUUGUGGAACGAAGAGAAUAUAUGGUUCUUGCAACAACAACUUAAUUUCUGAUGAUAUCGAAUAAAACACGAUUUCCUUGCGUGACGCAUCGUACAAUUCACAGUGCGAAAAGUGGAGCAAGCGUGACUCUUUUGGUGACUUUGAUGUAACAAAAAAUAUAGGUACUAGAUCAUUGGUAUAUCGCAUUAGGGGGGAUGAAUUUUCAUAAUUUUAUUGCUACAAAUACACGAAAAUUGCACGCGCUCUUAGCCUUUUCCUUGAGCAAUAAUGGUGCUUUGCUUUGUGAUUAGUUUUUUGGGUAUUUUCUUUGUGAUUGGCCAUGAAAGGGGGUGAUGGGCGCUUGUGCUUGCUUCUAAGCUUGUUAAAGCACAUAAUUGGUCUGCUUUUUAACUUGAAAAAGAGUUUUUUGUGGAAAGGAAGCAAGGAAUGUGUUCCACGAGUAGUUUCACAUUCCAAUUUCCAACCCCAAGAUAACGAAAGUUCAAUGCUCCAUCCCUGAUGUUGACUCUUUGUUUCCGUGCUUGUAAAUUAAAAAUUUC